CACCACGGCCGCAUUUUCCUCUCUGCUCCUUCUUCCUUGCGAAUACGCCGAUCUCCUAUUCUUCGUAACCAGCAAUGAUAUCUGAUCAAGUAUAUAUGAACGUUGAAUUACGUGGUCCCUUUCCUACUGAAGUUUCACUUUUCUGACGCACAAUUGCACAUGCGCUCUCACACCAGUGUAUAUGAAGAUCACUGGUAACUUUCUGAUAAGGAACCGUGUGCGCACUUACACUGACAAGAAAACGCUGAAGAAGUGGUUUUUCAUUGACAAGACUGUGGGUUAAAUCUACUCUGUGGUUUUUCAUUGACAAGGAGUAGUUAACAGAACCCCUUCUCCGCCUAAUUUUGGUCUCAAUUUGCAAUUAGCCUAUUCAUUGAUUUAUUUCUCAAGUGUAUAGUAGCAAUAGCUUGCCUGCCAUGUCGGAUCAUGCGGCCAAAAGCCAGCCAGUGUUGUCAAUGCCAUCUUCAGUACCUUCAAAUCUCAUGCCAUCUUCAGUCACAUCCAAGAGGCAUCCCUGUUCUUCCGCGAGUGUGACAUACAUCAGCAGACGUAAACUUGUCGAAGUCGUCGAUGGACUGCUUGGUGUGAUGACACCAUCAUCAACCCAUAUAAAGCCAUCUGUGCAUUUUGAUUCUGAUGGUCCAUCUGAUGAAGUUUCUCCUUACAAAGCUUGGCUGGCAACAUGCCCUUCUGCUUUAGCUUCCUUCGACCAGAUCAUAGCAAGUGCGCAGGGAAAGAAGAUCGCCUUGUUUCUGGACUAUGACGGCACACUUUCGCCUAUUGUCAAUGAUCCCGAGAAGGCGUUCAUGUCCACCGAGAUGCGUGCUGCUGUGAAGAAUGUAUCCAAGUUCUUCCCUACAGCGAUUGUCAGCGGGAGGUCCCGUGACAAGGUGUUCGAAUUUGUACAGCUGAAGGAGCUCUGCUACGCUGGAAGUCAUGGAAUGGACAUAAUGCUAUCUUCUGCAGAUUCUUCUAAAAGUAAAACAGAAGAUGACAAAGAAGCCAAACUUUUCCAACCUGCAAGCGAGUUUUUACCCAUGAUCAUUGAGGCUUACAACUCCCUAGUGGAGGCCACUAGAUCAAUCAGGGGUGCAAAUGUUGAGAACAACAAGUUCUGUGUGUCUGUACAUUACCGCAACGUCGACAAGCAGGACUGGGAUUCGGUCGCGCAGCUUGUCAACGAUGUGCUGAAGUCUUUUCCUCGUCUGAAACUAACAACCGGACGAAAGGUUUUAGAGGUUCGUCCAGUGAUUGACUGGGACAAGGGGAAGGCAGUGGAGUUCCUGCUGCAGUCGCUCCGGCUAGAUGACCCUGGAAGCGUUCUCCCUAUCUACAUCGGAGAUGAUCGAACCGACGAAGACGCAUUCAAGGUGCUUCGCGAGCGGAACUGUGGGUACGGGAUUCUGGUUUCGCAGGUGCCCAAGGAGACUGAAGCCUUCUACUCGCUGAGAGCCCCAUCUGAAGUGAUGGAGUUCCUCGAUUCCUUGGUGAGAUGGAAGGACCAACAGCAGCCAGCCCAUGAUCAAGAAUGAUAAUAACGCAGUAAUAGCACAUCAUCAGUUGAUUUCAGUUUAGUCUGGCAGAAAUGACAGUAGCAGAUUAGCAUCUCCGGGGCGACUAUUUCACAGCGCCGGAGGUGGAUAGGGUCGUAGCCCAAACCUACCAAGAUGACUUUUCUCUUGUUGUUUUCUCUUUGUUUAGCCCUGGCAAAGUUGAAAUUUUUGUCCACCUUUGCCCAUGAAACUAGGAAUAAUUCGCAUCAUCUGUGACUUCUUUUGCACGAAAUGGCUUUGGUGAAGUUUGACAUCUGCCAA